UUAGGUAUCAAAGUGAUACUCUAUCUAUCCUUUCAAAAGCCUAAUACCUCUCCGAUACUUGCUCUCUUAAUCGCCGCCGGAGGUCCACACCCGCCGGAUUCCCGGACGUUUUCUCCGGCUAACUCUAUUGCGGCCAUCCAAGGUCAAGCCCAGUUUUUUCUUGUGCUUAUUGUCUUUUUGGAAGCUUACUUUUUGUUCUGAUUGGGUAAAAACUGCCUUUGGUCUUGUAAAAUUAUAUAUCUGGAGUAGUACCCUGUUGCUCUCCUUUUCGUCUUCCUCAGACUCACUUCAUCAUCGCUGACUUUGUUAGACACCACCGGAAAAGAUAGUCUACAGAAUUCGCCCCAGCAUACCUCUGACAGUUCUCUACCCAAACGUUGUUGCCAUAUUACCAAGUUUCUCCGAGUUUUCAACGGCUACUGGGCUAAAACUGGUUUCGGGAUUUCUUACCAGGGUUGUUCGUACAGUCUGCAAUUGCUACUACCAUCGAUUCGUCAACUCAAUUUGGUUUGAAUUUGUUGCACAGUUCAAAGUCCGGGGUAGAAAAUGGAUAUUGAAGUUGAUCAUUAUGCUGCUUUGGGUUUACCCUCUGGUGAGGAAGGGGCCCAACUUUCUGAGAAAGACAUAUCUAAAGCCUAUAAGAAGAAAGCAUUAGAGUUGCAUCCAGACAAGAGGCGUGAUGACCCAAAUGCUCACUUGAACUUUCAAAAGCUGAAAACUUCAUACGAGAUUCUCAAGGAUGAGAAAGCUAGGAAGCUAUUUGAUGAUCUACUUCGUGUGAAACGUGAGAAGAUCCAACGCCAAUCACAACACGAUUCAAAGCGUAGAAAGAUGAUGUCAGAUCUCGAUGCAAGAGAGCGUGCUGCUUUUUCACCUGAUGCAAGUGUUCUAGCUCGAGAUGAGGAGGAACGAAUUGCUAGAAAACUUAAGGAGGAAAUUGCUCGAAUUCGUGCAAUGCAUUCAAAGAAAGUGUUUACUCCUAUAGAUCCUUUACAGAAAGAGGCACAUGCUAGAGCUAAGGAGAGUAGUACAGAAGGCAAUGGGAGUAGUGUAGACAGGGAAAAGGUGCUUAAGGUAUCUUGGGAGAAGAUCGGUGAAGACUAUACUGCCCAAAGACUAAGAGAGUUGUUUAGUGAGUUUGGUGAGGUUGAAGAUGUAGUAAUCAAGAGUUCUAAGAAGAAAGGCUCUGCUCUUGUUGUCAUGUCAUCUAAAGACGCAGCUAGAGCUUCUUGUGGAAAUGUCUUGGGGGAUCUAUCAAAUCCUCUCUUAAUUGUGCCUCUCCAACCUCCAAUGCCAUCUCCGUUUCCUAACGCUGAGAAAAAUGGAGAAUCUGAGGGCCCGAGUUUGAGUAAUCUUGUAGGUGCUGGAUACCAGAAAUUUGAAGACUCAGUAUUGGAAAAAAUGAGGAAGGCUGCUCAAAGGAAGAAAUAGCAUGCAGAAGCUUCAUCCUGUUCAAGUGCUGAGAUGAUGGCAUCUCUAGGUUGCCACAGAUAAAGAAGAAGACAGAAUUUAAUACAGGUUCGUUGUCUGACAUGUACUUCUGGCACAAGAUAGGGCAGAGGAGAGAUUCAUCUAAAUUGUUCAAUGCCUGGUAUUCUGUACAUGGUGUUUGCAAUAUGAAUCACUCGAGUGUGCCAUGGAUUCAUUUAUAUUUUUCAGAAAACUUGCAAUAUGCCAAGAUGAUGGAUACAUACUAAAGUGGGGUGUUUAAGUCAUCAUUGUAUUGUAUAUUAGACAGCUUUUGGAUUCUGCUAUGUGUUUAGCAGUGUUGUGUAGGUGGAUCAUCGCCACUUAUUCUUUUUUAGUUCGAUGAAAAUGAUUUCUUGAUCUGCCUACGCUA